AUGGUACAGCGUCCACCAGCUCCCCCACCGCCGACGACAAGGGAGGUGUCUCCCACUGAAAGUGACCGAGAGGAAGAAGCCUUGCCGAAUCAUGAGGAAGAGCUGUUGGAACUACGGAAGGACGUUAUGGUGGCUAUUGAAAAGUUAUAUGAGUCCAAUGAUGUGAUGGCGGAAGAGAUCAGGUCGGCGUCGAGCGAGGACUUGACGGAAGCUCGAGAAUUAUAUUCCUACAUUGAGGAGAACAUGGACGUGCUGGAGCGGAAGUUCCGCACGUUACGGGCUAUAAAUAGGAAGCUGGGCUUGCCGGAGGAAGAGGGCUGUUGCGGUCAGCCGAAAAUCAAAUUGCCGUUGGGACCCAAGGGCAGUGAGAGUGCGAAGACGAGGAACCUUAACGCCAAUUCGAGAAGGACUGCGGUGAAGGCAUUUCUCGACAACUUGCAAGAACACCUCGUUGAGGGAGCAUUAAGUAGUAGGUGGUCGCCUAGGGAUGCGGCUGUGCUGGUUGGUGCAGUGGCUAAGAUUACUAAGGACGGUCGAGGGUAUGAGGAUCUGACGAAAUUUAUAGGGGAGCCAAUUGAGUUCGCCACAGUAGCCUCGGGGUUCUCGAGGUUGCCGAUGGGAUGUGGACGGAAGGUGAUGCGGGAGAUGGCUAGGGUCCUCCCUGAUAGACUCGCUGAGUUUGGUGAGCAAGAACUGUGCAAUACGGUGCAGGCCUAUGCUCGGCUGGAAAUCCUCGGAGGCGCUGAUGAAAAUGAGGAAGCAAAUGUCACCUAUAGGGUUGAGCUCGAUCGCUGGGACCUAUUCGAAGCUACCAAGUGUUGA